UGCAGUAUACGGUUUACACCCCUAUUAUCAGCACACUAUCAGUAUAUAUAUUCAAGAUCUUUUUGUAACUUGACAAUGCUUUAUUGUAAAGUGUGCAUUUAAACUGGUUUGUAGACUUAAAACUUCCAACAGAAGUCAAUCUUUACCACUUUAAAGUUUAAAACAGUGGUUAUUAUACUAACCAAAAACUGUGCAAAACUUCAUGUAACACAAUCAAGAUUUGAUAAAACAAAAAGAGUCAAAUUAAUUGUGAAUAAAUGUAGACAGCUUCUUAUUCAGAGGACAAUGCAGAACAUAUAUUGAAAAUGGUGACUUCUGGAGAUUCAGCUCAUAAGGCUUCCGAUUUAGUGAAGGAUUAUUCUUGUGGCGCCUGCGAAAGUAAAAAUUGUGAAACAAAUGCUGAAUGUUUGUGUGAAACAUGUUCUAUUUUUUUUUGUAAACAAUGCCUGUAUCAUCAUGAUCAAAUAUAUGUAAACCAUUUGACAUAUGGAAGAGGAGAAACUAAUAAAAGGCCUCUAGCAAAAACAAUUGAGGAUUUGCUACUGAAAUGUGAUAUUCAUAGCAAAAAGAAACUGAAAAUGUUCUGCGAGGACCACAGUCAGCUGUGCUGCUCUCAUUGUAUUUCACUGAAUCACAGUCGGUGCACCAAUAUGGCUCUCAUUUCUGAAUCAGUCAAAAAGCUGUCAGUGGAUAUGCAGCAGUUGUCAAACAAAAUAUUCAAGCAACUGUUUCUGAACUAAAUAAGUUAAAGAGAAUACAAGAAGCCAGCCUUCAGUCCGUGGAGGGUUCAUGUAGUGAAAAAGUAAAAGAAAUCAGAGAGCUACGUAAGAAAUUAAAUGCUUUUUUGGAUGAACUAGAAAAUAAAGCCUUGAAAGAACUGCAUGAAGUUCGGACAACAUUGCACACAUCCCUCAAGAAAGAUGUUGACAACUGCAGCAGUCUGAAGGAUGAACUUCAAAAGCUAAGUGAAGCUGUACAGUGCCUUCAUGAUAAGAGCAACAGAGAAAUGGAGUUCAUAGCCAGCAGGAAAUGUACAGACAAAUUACAAGAGUCUGAGUUAUUUCUGAAAGCAAAACCUGUGAAGGUGCAGAGUUUAAUAAUGUUCAAGGAAAACACAAACAUUGAGCAGUACCUAUCUAAACAGUCUAGUCUGGGGAGGAUAGUAGACAGUAUGCAGUCUCUCAAAAUGGAGAUGAAUCCAGAAAACAUGUUGGAAGUGAAAAGGAAAUCCCAGUAUAGUGUGAACAUAUCAAAUGACAGAAGUAAGAAUUGCCAAAUCAGAGGCAUUUGUAGCCUGCCUAGUGGUCAGGUCAUUAUUGCAGAUUAUAAUAAUAAGAGAGUGAAGAUGUUGGACACUAUUGUGUCCAGUCACUGUGAUAUGUCAGGUUCUCCAUGGGACAUUUGCCCAAUAACAUCCAGUGAGGUGGCUGUGACUCUUGAUCGUGCUGGUGUGCAGUUUUAUGUCUGUGAGCAAUGGGCAGCUGGUGAAUGGGAGCAAAUUAGAGCUACCACAUGCUGCUGUUGGAAUUGCCCACCAUCAGGGAGCAUUGUAUAUUACCUCUGGCACUGCACUCUAUCAAUACACACUGACAGGAAAACUUGUGAAAAUGCUUUAUGAGAGUAAAGCAGGUGACUCUACAGUGUACAAAUGUGCAGUGAGUCCUGCUGGUGACAAGAUCUAUGUCACCAACCUUGCCAAGCACCAGCUCCUCACUCUGACCACAGAUGGCACCCUCCUAUCCACCUUUAAAGAUGCUGAGCUACAGACCCCUAAUGGUGUACAUGUCACACCUGCAGGACAAAUCCUUGUUUGUGCAUACAGCUCAAAUUCCGUCAUUCAGGUGGAUGGUGAGGGGAAAAAGAAACUUGCAACUGUGGCUUUACAGAAAGAUGGAUCAAGCGGUUCAAUGUCUAUCUGCUACAACGCCAUUACUGAGAGGACAUUGUGGAAAAGGAAAACAAUAUCAGUUUUAUGGAUUUGCAUUAGCUCUUCCAUUGGGAAAAAAAACAACAAUAUAUAAUAUUAUAUAUUAUACUGCUAUAAAUGUCAUUUGCAUGUAUUCU